AUGGCCAUUUUCCUAACUCAGCUUGCUCUCGCUCUCCAACUCUUGCUUCUCAUCCAGAGUAUUGUCAGUGCCAGCUUGUUUGAUGCAUCUGAUACGGGUAAAUCGCAUUUGAAGCGUCUAUUCACUUCGUGGCUGAUGAAUGAAGGAUCUUUAUCCGCUUUCUCCUCAAUCCAGAACAGAAACGACGCAAAAUAUCUUCUGGAUACCAACACCUCCCAACAAGAUGGAAUAUUCACCCAAGCCGUCCAGAUUCUGGACUCAAUGAAAUCAUCACCUUCUUGCCAUCGCAUUGCAGCAACCAAGCUAGUCACCUCAUGUCAACAGAUGGGAGGAAAGGAUGCCACAAGCCGCGAUGAAUUUGAGGGUUUGGAUCAAACACGCUCUAUAUACGCUGCCCGCCUCGCCAUCUGCGAGCUUGAGGGUGCUGGUUCCUCGGCUCCAUCUCAGUGUCGCUCUUUGACUGCUCCUCCAUUCGAUACAAAGUCUCGAUUUCUCUUCAUGGCUAAAGCUAAGCAUUCGGAGUCUGGUGCGGCUGAGUAUCCCAAAGAAGUGCUCGAGCUCUGCCUCAAAACCCUCGAGUCCCGGCCUCAGUGGUGGACCUCUUAUAGCAACAAUCGUCAAAAUGCAAUGGUCAUCUGCCAAGCAGCCAGGAUGGAGACUGAGAAGGAUGAAUUACUUAAUCUUCAUCGUUCUAUUGUUCAUAGCAACGUCAAGCUCAAUGAUGGGCUUCAACUUGCACUUCAGAAGGCUGCCAUGGAUUCCGUCAAAAAUGAAGCUUUCUUCGAAGCAGUUCAGGCAUUACAGGAAAGACUGCUGGUGGAUCUGGAACGAAAUGAAUCCGUCUUUCAACGCAUUUUCGGCAAGCUUCUACAGGAUGUAAAAGCCGGCAUUGAUACCGUAGCGAUUACCGCCACUUCUGCUCUGAGAAGAAUGCAGAAUGAAACCGCGAGCCUUGAAAAAGAUAUCGGGAGCGUGUCUGAUAAAGUCAUUGCUCUCCAUGGGGCUCUUGAGACAGCGCAUGAAGAUUCAAUCUUGCGGAGUGACCAAUCACUUCGCGUAUUCGAGGAAAAUGCUGCAGUAUAUCAAGUCCUCGCCUCGGAUUUACACCUUUCUUUGAACUCUCUCGUGGGCGCGGACAUGCAAAGAGUCUCGCAAAGAAUGACCGAUCUCGACGCGUCACUUGAAUGGCUCACAUCUAGACUGAUUCGUGUCCUUGAGCAUGAGACCGAACUUACCGAGAAACUCAAAACCAUGGGCGACCUGGUGGAACAAUCAACACACAAAGCAAACGAGUUACAAACAGCCCAGCUUCAACAGGCCGAAGCCCUCGCCGCCCAGUUUCGCGCACAUCGAGAACUACAAUUCACCGCACAAUUCUGCCAGGCUUUACUGGAAAAAGCCACCAUAACUGCAGCCAAUCUACAAACAACUAUUCAGGGAGCAUCUACCAAAGCUCAACUAGUUCCACAGCUGGGCAGCUUCUCCCCUUGGUCAGUCAUGUUGACCUUGCUCCUUGCUAUUGGAGCUCAAUAUUCAAGAGUUGCAACCAGUUUUCUGUUUCUGAUCUUUGGGCAUAAAAUUGCGGUAUUCUUUCUUCAACAUCUCUGA